GAAGUAAACAUUUCGUGGUGAUUCAGAAUUUGUUGAUAAAGUAUUUAUGUUUAUUUGUCUACAUUUUUGUCAUUUUAAUUGUUGAUUGUCAUCAUAAGACUGGUAUAAAAUUGGUGUAUAAUUGUGAUAAUUUUUAUAGAAAAAUUCCCGUUGGAAGAUGUUAAAUUAACAAGUUAACUAUCGAUUCGUAUACGUCAAAGGAACAAAACAAAUAUUGGUCUAUUUUUACUAAUAAUUUUAUAACUCCUAACCAUGGAAGCUGCCCCAAGACUUCCCAUGAUAAGCUUUGAUCUGCUUUCGUCUACCGAAAGUGUACAGUUUGGUAAAAAGCUGAAACCAUAUAUUGCGAACUUCUACAAUGAAGAUCCCGAAUCUUACACUGCCGAAAUCAACCAAAUUGAUACAUUGCGUGCAAGCAUUACUCACCCUAGCCCUGAUGUUUCCGGAGUUCAACUCUUAAAGAAAUAUUACUGUCAGCUGCAUUUUCUGAAGUCCAGGUUUCCGAUGGAGCUUAACCAGCCCUGUUUUAUUGAGUUUGAAUGGAGAGACUGUCAAAAUGGUGCUACUGCAGGAAGCAUUAAUUUCGAAUUAAUGGCAGUGAUGUAUAAUAUUGGGGCCUUACAUACGAUUCUCGGUGCUCAGGACUCUAGAACAACCCCCGAUGGAAUGAAAUUGGCUUAUUCCCAUUUUCAGUGCGCUGCUUGGGCAUUUCAGGUUGUCAAAGAUAAAUAUUAUGAUUUAAUAGCUUGUGUUACAUCAAUUGAGGUACCCCUUUUCUAUAAAAAAGUCUGCCUAGCUCAAGCACAAGAAUGUAUUUUAGAGAAAAGUAUGCUGGAUAAUAGAAAGUCGACCAUAAUUUCCAAAGUUGCUGUUCAAGUUUAUGAUUAUUAUCGUGAAGCUUUGAAUACUUUGAAAGGGAUAAACGAGGACAUUUUUGGGAGAAGUCGUUUCAAAGAGUACAUGAAGUAUUUUCAGUUUAAAUUAAACUACCAUAGGUGUAUUUCUUUGCUGUUCCAAGGACAACAAGCUGAAGAACUGCAAAAAAUGGGCGAGAGAGCUGCUUUCUAUCAAGCAGCUUGUGAACAGUUAGAAGAAGCUAGAAAACAACUUACCAGUAAACAGCAAAAAGAACUUGCUGAUGCUUUGGCUUUUACUGCGGAUGUAGUUGAAGGUAAAAGAAAAGCUGCUAAAAAUGAAAAUGAGUAUAUUUACCAUGAAGAGGUACCAGAUAUAGCUAAUUUGCAGGAAGUUAAAGGUGCUCCAUUGGUUAAGUUGAUUGAAUUUAAUGUAAAUGAUCCAGAGGUGUCCGGUCCAGACAUAUUUGCAAGGCUUGUCCCAAUGGAGGCUCACGAAGCAUCGUCAUUAUACAGCGAGAAAAAAGCUCAAUUAUUGAGAAAUAUGGGCGAAGAAGUUGAAGUAAAAGAUCAAGAAUUGGCCGAGUUUAUGUCUUCAAUGCAGCUAGACAUGCUAACAAAGAUGCAUCAAGCUUCAGGGAUUCCCCAAGAACUGAUCGACAGAGCUGCCGCACUUUCGGCCAAACCAAACGCCAUUCAAGACUUAGUUGACUCUAUGGCGAAGCUUUCUAGCAUUUACCAUGAUGUUGAGGCAAAUUUAAAUGAGAUUGAGGUUCUUCUCAAGGAAGAGGAGGAUAAUGAGAAGAGUUAUCAGGAAAUCAUGGGAAAAAGACCUCCUAGUAUUAUUACAACUGAUCUGGCUAGAGAGUCAUAUAAGUACAAAGAGGCUCAUAACAAAGCCAAUGAGUCGAAUCAGACUUUGAAGAAAGCUAUGAUGACUCAUAUGGAGAAUUUGAAGAUUCUCCAGACGCCUAUUAGAGAGCUUCAACAAAGGUUGCCUAGUGUUGAGUUGCCUGAUGCUAAUAUUGAUCAAAACUUACUGAAAGAACUUGAACUUCUCAACUCUAAAGUUGACGAAAUGAAAACUCAACGAGCCAUGUUGUGGGCUCAAUUAAGAGAUUCCGUUCACAAUGACGACAUAACCAAUGCCUUAGUCACUAAACCUCAAGAUACAUCACUUGAACAGCUGUUCACUAAGGAACUAGACAAACACACCGCACUAGUGAACUUGUUGCUUCAAAAUUUAUCAGCCCAAGAGAACAUUAGGAAGGCUUUUAUUGAUUGCUACGCUGGAGCAGUGAACACAAGAAGAUAUAUACAGGAUAUUAUACAGAAACGGAAUUCAACAGUUCAGGCUUUGAUAGCGUCACAUGAUUCGUAUGAUGAUUUGUUGGCCAAAGCUAAUAAAGGUAUUGAGUUUUAUACAAAACUUGAAACAAAUGUUUCAAAAUUACUUCAAAGAAUAAAAGGUGCAAGUAAAGUCCAGCAAGAAGAAAGAGAACAAAUGCUCGCGAAAAGUACAGCUAAAAAAGCUGACGUCACUCCCACACCAGUUAAUUCAUCAGUUUCAUCAGCUCCAAAAUUAAAGGACUACCUUGAAGCUAGAAAAAAAGCUGGAUCGUUGCCUUCAUACCAAACCAUGACCUAUGGAGGAAUAUCACAAAACCUUCCUGACUCUCAAAACUGGCCCCCUAGUGUUAGACCUGCUCCAGUUGGCUCAGAAAUUAACUCUGAUCCAACUAAUCGUUUUGCCAAUGAAAACACGGCUUUAUAUUAUCAACAAACUAAUCAAGGUUAUGGUCAACCUUCUCAAAACUCUUAUAAUUCUCCUGCACCUAUGACAGAUUUGACAAGCAGAAUGGGGACUUUGAUGUCAAAGCCAGAUCAAGCUUCUGUACCGGUCGUGUCAAACUAUAACACCCAGUAUUCUUACAGCAACUACAUUCCGCAGAAUUAUACUCCCACGUCAUAUACUUAUGCUUCGCAAGUUUACACUGAUAAUCAUGAUGUUCAGAGCCCUACAAGUCAUGAUUCUAGCAAGGCUAAUACUAGUACUACUAAUUCUUAUAAUACUAUAUCAAGUUACAUGCCUAAUGUUGCUCAAAAUUCUGAAAAUACAAAUGUUGGAGCUUACUCUGGAUAUGGUCAACCUGCAGCAAAUCAAAAAUCAGUACAACUGGAUGAAACUGCAAGUAAAUCAGCUGGAAAUCAACAGACUCAAUAUUCAUCUCAGCAAUAUUCACAAAGUCCAUAUUCACAAUACCAGAACAGUUCUCAGUACGCUCAGAACUACCAGAAUCAGAAUUCUCAGUUAUCUCAGUAUUACCAAUCUCAAAACGCUUCACAGUAUCCCCAACAGCAAUAUGCUGGAGCAAGUCAGCAACAAGGUUAUGUUUCAACUGGUCAGCAACCUAAUUAUGCCGGUUCAACACAACAGCAACAGUAUAAUAAUACUCAGAAUCAACAACAAGCAUAUGCUUCUUCAGUCGGUCAGCAACAGUAUGCUACUCCAACUCAGCAAUAUCCGUCCCAGAAUGCUUCGUCAGGUUAUUAUCAAACUUCACAAAAUGUUAAUGCAUCAUCAGCACUAAAAUCAUCAUCUGAACCUCAAAUUAAGGCUCCUGGUCCAGAAUCUGGAGUAGUGGGUCAGCAAACUCCUAGUAAUCAGCAACAAGGUUACGUUUCAACUGGUCAGCAACCUAAUUAUGCUGGAUCCACACAACAGCAACAGUAUAAUACCCAAAAUCAACUACAAGCAUAUGCUGGAACUGGUCAGCAAUCAAAUUAUCCUAGUUCAGUUCAACAACAACAAUAUUCUAGCUUAACUCAAAAUCAACAAACAUAUGAACCAACUGGUCAGCACUCUAAUACUCGGUUAAAUCAGCAACAGUAUGCUACUCCAAGUCAGCAAUAUCCUCAGGGUGGUAUUCCACAAGAACAGGCACCGACGCUAAAAUCUUCGUCAGAAAGUCAAAUUAAAGCGCCUGGUCCGGAAUCUGGAGCACUGACUCAGCAAACUCUUAGUAAUCAGCAAGUAGGUGUUUCUGGUACUUAUGGUCAGUACCAAAAUAUGAGUUAUCCUCAAACUCAGACGCCUGGAUAUGCAUCGCAGCAGCAAGGAACAGCUAAUAUGCAGCAAACUUACUAUCCUUAUGGAUAUGCUCCAAACUUUUCCAGUAAUCUUGAUACUGCUUCUCAGAAUUUAUACAACGUGACGCAGUAUCAGAAUCAGUAUUAUACUCAGGAACAUGCCACAUCUGUUGCAUCAAGCAACAUCAACAAUUACUCCACCUAUUCCGCUCCACACAAUGAUUACAAAGUUCAAACAGGAUCACCGAACGUUUAUAAUAUGUCGACAGGUGUAUCACAGGCUGUAACAAGUAAUGUGAAUUCAUCUGCAGCAACAACUCCGGCGAACUACAGUAAUUAUGGCAGUGUCUACGGUUAUAGUCAGGCAAACUAUCCAGCUACAGUGACUACAGUUUCCUACACUAAUCCAACGAUGACAGCUCAAACUACGUCAAAUAAGGACUCUAACAUUGAUUUACUUUCAGGUUUGGAUUUCUCUGUUAGUCAAAUACCGACUUUAACACCCCAGCAAAACGUUUCACAAGAAAAACUAAAAGAACCUCAGCCUGACACUAAGUCUGUGGCUCCAUCUAUCGAGAUCAAACAGCAAACACCUGUUGUGCAAGUAAAGGAAGAAAAUGCGAAGAAAGAGGUUGUUAGGGUGUUGCCUACCAAACCACUUAACAACAGUGAGGUUAAAUCACUGUUUAAUCAAGAACUGGAAAAAUACGAAAAAUACGUUGAAACAUUGACUACGAAAACACUGAGUGGCCCCACUACUUUAGACGUCAAAUGGAAAGAAAUCCAAGACUGGCAAGAACUGGAUAACCAAAAAAGGAUCAUUUCUGUGGCCAGGUGUUAUCCAAUGAAGAACAGGUAUCCAGAUAUAUUACCUUAUGAUUACUCCAGGGUUGAAUUGAAGUAUUCUGAUGAUGAUUAUAUUAAUGCCUCAUUCAUUGAGCAAUUGUCACCGUUUUCACCACAAUUUAUAGUGACUCAAGCACCAUUAGCGUCGACCUUUAGUGAUUUUUGGACUAUGGUCAGGGAACAGCAGGCUGAGUUAAUAUUUUGUCCAUUAAAUGAAAAAGAAAUUGGAGAUGAUAUAUAUUGGCCAACAGAAAAAGGUAAAAACAUCAGCAUCUCCAACAUGGUUUUGUCUUUACAAAGCAUGGUAGUUAAACCAAACUGGAUAGAAAGGCUUAUCCUGAUAAGCAUUCCAGAGAAAAAAGAAUCCUCGGUGGUGAUGCAUUUGCAGUUUACCUCUUGGCCUGGAAGUCUGUUUCCUACAAGCCCCGAACCUUUCAUAAGCUACGUUUUGGAACUGAUCAGUCUGUUCCAACAACAAAAAACACCCAGUCAUCCCAUCGUUGUCCAUUGUUCAUCGGGCAUCGGAAGAAGCGGACUUCUCUGUCUGUUGACCAAUGCCAUUCUCCAAGUGACCAAUCAGGCCAACGCUAUUCCAGAUCUGGCAUUACUAACCUCAAAACUAGGAAAUUUCAGGAAAAACAUUCUUAGGGAUAGAGAGCAUUUGAGGUUCGCCUAUGAAGCGUUGCUUUGUUACAUGAAACAAGUUCUUCUGCAAGAUACUUUGAAGAAAAAACUAAGCGAAGUGGUUCCAGUUAAAGAAGAACCCAAACCCACGCCAGAGGUACAAGAGAACAUCAUUGACCCUCUGAGUACCUUGGACCCAUUUUGGGCAAGCAAAAAAUAACUUAUUUCCGAUAUUAUAAAUGUCUAAUAAUAUUAUUCUUAUUAUUAUAUAGAUAGUACAUACAAACCUUAAUAACAUUUUAGGCUGAUUAGAUUUAUAAUAUGUUAAUAUAAUUUAUCAACUAUUCGAAUAAAAUUAUGUUGAAAAUUA